GAGCUAGCGUCAAUCAGUUCUUAUGCACGCUCCGAAGGCUCAAGUGCUGGCUGCAGCGAAAAGGAUUUGAUAAUUAUUCGAGUAGUGCCUGAGGAGCUCCAUCGGCCAUUGGGAAGACGCCGUCAAAGAGGAGACUUGACCUCGCGCCGCGGGAAGGUAUCGGAUCCAUCCGCGAUAGUGUCCCCGUGGGAAAGUUCUCGUUUGCGGAGAACAUUCGUUGUUACACCCUGCUUGGGUCGGCAUCUAGAUGUCCUCAGAUCCAGAAACUCCCACACAAGCUGAUCCGAGCCUCAGCGAUCACGCUCAUCUAAGCUUCUCGGGAGGCGGAUUUCUCGGAAUCUACCAUGCCGGAGUUCUACAAGCCUUCAAAGACUUCGCUCCGGAGAUAACCACACGUAAAGUUCUCGGAGCCUCCUCCGGAGCCCUGGCUUCGUGUUUCCUCGUUUGCGAUCUACCCGUCGAGCGGGCGGUCGAUGUCGUUGCCCGCAUGGCGGUCCACUGCAGGAGCUUGAGUCUGGGUCCUCUGGAUCCUGGCUUCGACAUUUUCAACAUCAUGAGGGAUGGACUCGAGAAGUGUUUGCCCGAAGACGCGCAUAUUCGGUGUUCGGGCAGAAUGUUCAUCUCCGUCACCCGAGCCUUCAGUCAACGGAACGAGAUCAUAUCGGUGUUCGACUCGCGCGAAGAGCUCAUCAACGCGGUCAUGGCAUCGUGCUUCAUUCCAUAUUUCUUAGGGAUCAUAGCUCCGAGAGUCAAAGGUGUGUUUUACAUCGACGGAGGUUUCAGCGUCAACGAACCGGUGCACGACGAGUUCACCGUGACAGUGUCUCCUUUCCCUAAUCGAGGAACCGUUAUACGACCUCGGAAGGAAAUGUUCCCCAUCUCGACGAUGCCUUCCUCGAUAAUUACGAUGUACAAAACGGUAGCGGCUCCGCCGCUGGAGAAGCUCAUCGAAAUAUGCCAGCAAGGCUAUGAGGACGCUGUUCACUAUUUGCGAACACAUAAUCUGCUCUCAUGCCGAGAGUGCUCCGAAUCGAGACGGAAGACGUCGAUGAAGAAGAAGAAUAAAAAAGGUUCCGCAAUCGCUUGUUCCAAAUGCGACAGCCUUAUUUCGCUGUCGAGAUCUCCACGGAUGGAGGAAAAGUACCUGAAACCCUUCAUCGAUGCCGCAGCCGCUGAGCGCAAACAUCGAGAGCUACACCCGCUAGUUUCAACACGUGCCGUGCAGACCCUAAUUGUGCUCUUUUCACUUCUGGCUCUGCCUAUAACAUCUGUUGUGACAUGGGCGCUGAGGGUUUAUAGGUAUCUCGUGGAGCAUUCUACUUUCGUCGGGUACGUGAAGCAGAUCACCUCGCAAAACGAGACGCACUUGGAAGGCUCUGAGGGUCGCGGGAAAUCCUUCAGGGGUCGUUCGUAUCCUCAUUCUUGA